AUGGCCUCGUUCGUCGAUGAGCGGACCCUCCUGUAUGCAGGGCUCGCUGUAUGUGUCACCAUCAUCACAUAUCUGAGUCUCAGUCAACGUCAAAAGGAAGUCGUCUUCCGCAGAUUGAUACUCCGAGGCCGCCGAUCAUCCAGUGCGGAUACUCCUCCUCGGUCACUCUCGCCAGAAAAGGUCCCUGCCAACUCGCAACCCAAGUCAUCCGAAUAUGUUAGCACCUUCCCGCCUCUGACCCGAGAGAACCUCCCAGAAGCAGCUGCCGAGUUACCCGAAGAGCGACGCAAGGCCUUAGAGACUUCGACGUUCGAUGAAAAGAAGUGGACUAACUCGGUCCUCGGAUUUGAAGACGACUUCCGCAAGGCUGACCCCGACAAGUACAUCUAUACUGGCUACAAAGUUAAGGAGAUCCGCGCGUUAGGAGAUUUCCCCAACUACUCCGCCCUGAGCGGUAUAACGCUUCCACAAGCCUAUCCUCAACAUGACAUCACCAAGGCCUUGCCACGGCCAUACCGGCCAUUUCGUUGGGCUUACCACCAGACCAUGUCACUGACCAAGCUCGAGCCCGACUGGUGGCUCGAGUUGGAAAGCACCUACGUCUCGCGGAUCAACCAACGCAAAAAGUUGUACGCCGAACACGGCGAAGCAGUUCUUCAAUGGCUUCCCGGCUCGGAGCUGGCAUGCAAAGAAUUGAUGGAGACAGCUCUACAAUUUCUCUGCGCCCGCUACCCUCAGUACUUUACGCUCCACGCCGACAAGAAGACGUUUGAGAACAAGAUCCUCGGCACAAAGCAAGACGUCUCGGCCAAGCACCCGUUACCCGUCCUGUUGGACAAUAUCCCCGAGGACUUUGCCAUCAUGCUGCGCAACCCGGAAACUGGGUACUACCAUUUCCGCGCCGGGAUGAUCUGCUCGGCUCUAGGCUGGAACGUCGGCUCCAAGAUCGGCCUGCAAUUGCACGAGAUCCAUGCCCCGAUCCCAGACUAUAAGGAGAAGAUGCAAUUCAGCAUGGAUCGCUUCUUCACCAAAAUGCCCGCCUCGAAACCCAUCCAGCGCGGGUCCUGGGGCCUGGAGGUCGACCAACCUCUCUACAUGCCCCCAGGCGACCCGCACGAAAAGUUCCGCGACUUCCAGUCGCCCGACCUCGACGUCUCGCGCAUCCACCUGCGUGUGGACUGGCAAACGCUCCGCCGGCUUCCGCUUUCAGGCGGUAUCGUGUUCAACUUCAAAGCCCUCUUCACGCCCGUCACCGAGUUUCGCGACGAGCCGUACCUUCCGAGUCUCGCGCUGAAGGUCCUCAAGGAAGGCAAAGAGAAUCUCAUGAAGUAUAAGAAUACCUGGCACGUGGAGCACGUCGUCAUCCCGGCCUUGGAGGAGUAUGCGCGCGAGCAGGUCGCAAAGGGUGUCGUCGAGAAGGAUUGGCAAUGCCAUACUUUGGACGAGAGUCCCUGGUUCCCGGGCUGGAAGGAGAAGUGGGUGAGACAGCAGGGGUUUGCGCCGCCAGAGUAA